UUCUUUCCUCUCCCUAUCGUGUUACCCUCUCACUCACCAUUGUGCUCGGCCCUCUUCUCGGCCUGACUUGGCAGGCUGUCCCCGUGUCCGGCUCACUCCUCGCAUUCCCGCCGCCUCGCGUCGACUGUCCCUUGCCUUUUUGCCGAGGCAGCUUCGAACCAACACUCACCUCGGGACCCUCGCUCCUCCCAUCUCCGCAUCUUGACUUCGUUCUUCACCCUUCUACUCAUCAUCUUCAUCGCUUCCCCUUCCCUUCGUCCCCGUCACCGAGGCUGGCUCUCACCCACUUUUAGCGCCAAGAGGGCGUUGCACCCUUAGCUCAUCGGCGACUUCUCCUCCCUUGUGGACCUCGGCCUCUUCCCGCUGCACCCAUCAACAUGUACGGCGGCCGACCCACCUCUUCCUCCUCUCGAGGCAUCUUCUCUGCAGCAGACGCAUACGCCACUGAUGCUCCUGCCCGGUCCUCUGACAUAGAGGGCCGCGCGGGACCAGGGAGGAGCAUCAGCAGACAUGCUGGCACAAGCCCACGCCCCAACGUCAACGGCGGACAGGAAACCAGCGAGGAGGAGGAUGAAUCGGAGGACGAAGGCUGGAAUGUGUAUGACGACUUCAAUAAUGCCUCUGCGAUGAACACGUUCGACACACCCGAAGGCAAGACAUCAAUGGGGAGUGAUGCGGGAUACUUUGCGAAGAACGCCUACGGAGGCGGGUACGGACAUUCCCCUAUGGACACGCCACCUCCUGUCGCGAGGCAGGUACCUCCCGGUACUCAACGCAACUCAACGCUCCUACGGCCAGAGUCCUUCGGCUUCGAUGUACAGCAUGCAGACCCACGUCAUCCCAGCGUCCUCGCUGCGCAGGCCAUGCACGAAGGGGCAGGCCACGUCGCUGAAUCGCACGCGGUGCCCACCACAGGCGACAACAAGGGAGCAGGUGAAUCAGGCAUCGAGCUCAUUACGGUCCCCGCAUUGGGACAAGAAUAUUCAAAGGAUGAGAUGAAGCGCAUGAGCAGGCAGCAUCGUCGAAAGACGAAGGCGAACCGCCGCAAGGAGAAGGUGUCGCGCUGGGGCAAGGGAGAGCACAAGAUUUGCGGCUGGUUGAGCCCGAGGUGGGCCGUCGUGAUUGGCUUCUUCUUCCUCGUCUUCCUCGGUGUGGGACUUUACUUCGUCAUCCCGAGAGUGCCGGGACUAGCCUUUUCCACUACUGCGCCGCUCGUGGCCGUACCUAACAGCGCUAGCAUGGUGACGCAUUAUAGUCCCACCAAUUUCAGCAUGAUCAUGGACCUCAACCUCCGCGCAGACAACACAGGCGGGUGGAUCCCCUCUCACGCCACCUCCAUCAAAGUGGAAGUCACGGAGCUGACCACGUUCAAGAAGAUCGGCUCUGGCUCUAUUCCCAACGGCAUAUCCUUCCCUGGUCGCAGCAAGACUGUCUUCAAGGUCCCCGUCAAUUUCACCUACCGCUCGCUCAAUAUCACGGGCGACCCGACCUUCCAAGUGGUACACUCGGCCUGCCAGCACCAGUAUAACGGAGUGCAGAGGCCCAACUUAAACUUGAAUGUGAAGCUGAGCAUGAAGAUUGCCGGGCUGAUUGGAACUAAAGAGACUGGAACCAACAUCAACACGCCCUGUCCCUUUGAGCUGCAGAAUGAUCAAUGACGGGAUACGACGACGAGCACGAUGACCACCUAGCAUGUGUACAUAAAAUGGACAUCUGAUGGAGAUUGACAUUGGUGGGAGAGGUGAAUGAUCUGAU